CCGGCGGAAGCGGCGCCGCCAUGGAGGAGGACGAGCCGGAGCUGGAGGCCGGGCUGGAGGCGGCGCUGGAGCUGGCGCCCGCCGUGCAGGCCGCCAUCGAGCAGGUAUUUCCCAGCCAAGAUCCACUGGACAGAGCAGAUUUCAAUGCUGUGGAAUAUAUUAAUGCUCUCUUUCCCACUGAGCAAUCUUUGGCAAACAUUGAUGAAGUCGUGAACAAGAUCAGAUUGAAAAUAAGGAGGUUGGAUGACAACAUCAGAACUGUGGUGAGGGGCCAGACCAACGUGGGACAGGAUGGCAGGCAGGCCCUGGAAGAAGCCAAAAAGCCAUUCAACAGCUCUUUGGUAAAAAUUAAGGAUAUUAAAGACAAGGCUGAAAAAUCUGAACAAAUGGUGAAGGAGAUCACCCGGGAUAUCAAGCAGCUGGACCACGCCAAGCGCCACUUGACCACCUCCAUCACCACCCUGAACCACCUGCACAUGCUGGCUGGGGGGGUGGAUUCUCUGGAGGCUAUGACCAGGAGGAGACAAUAUGGGGAAGUUGCCAACCUUCUCCAAGGUGUGGUGAAUGUGUUGGAGCACUUCAACAAAUACAUGGGGAUCCCUCAGAUUCGACAGCUCUCUGAAAGGGUGAAGGCAGCACAGAACGAGCUGGGGCAGCAGAUCCUGGCUGACUUCGAGGAAGCCUUUCCUUCUCAAGGCACAAAGAGGACUGGUGGGCCCAGCAAUGUCCUACGUGAUGCCUGCCUGGUAGCCAACGUCCUGGAUCCCAGGAUCAAGCAGGAAAUCAUCAAGAAAUUUAUUAAACAACACCUUUCAGAGUAUCUGGUCCUUUUCCAGGAAAAUCAAGAUGUGGCCUGGCUGGACAAGAUUGACCGGCGCUACGCUUGGAUCAAGAGGCAGCUGGUGGAUUACGAGGAGAAGUACGGGCGCAUGUUCCCCGCAGAGUGGAGCAUGACCGAGCGCAUCGCCGUGGAGUUCUGCCACGUCACCAGGGCAGAGCUCUCUAAGAUCAUGCGCACGAGGGCCAAGGAGAUUGAGGUGAAAUUGCUUUUGUUUGCAAUUCAGAGAACAACCAACUUUGAGGGGCUCCUGGCCAAGCGCUUCUCAGGCUGCACUCUGGCUGAUGGCACAGUGAAGAAGCCAGAAGUGCCACCUCCCUCCACCAACCCUUUUCUGGAGGAUGAAACUGGGGCAGAGACAGAUGAGAUUGUGAUGGAGAAAAGUGAUACAGACAAACCAAAGAAGCCAAAGGUCCCUGACAAUCCUUUCCAUGGCAUUGUUUCCAAGUGCUUUGAGCCUCACCUGUAUGUGUAUAUCGAGUCCCAGGACAAGAAUCUGGGUGAGCUGAUUGACAGGUUUGUGGCUGACUUCAAGGCUCAGGGUCCCCCCAAGCCCAACGUGGAUGAAGGAGGAGCUGUCCUGCCCAGCUGUGCUGACCUCUUUGUGUACUACAAAUGCAUGGUGCAGUGCUCCCAGCUCAGCACUGGGGAGCCCAUGAUAGCCCUGACCACCAUCUUCCAGAAGUACCUGAGGGAAUAUGCCUGGAAAAUCCUCUCUGGAAACCUGCCCAAGACAACCAGCAGCAGUGGUGGGCUCACCAUCACAAGUUUGCUGAAAGAAAAGGAAGGCUCUGAGGUGGCAAAGUUUACUUUAGAAGAGCUCUGCCUGAUUUGCAGCAUCCUGAGUACUGCAGAGUAUUGCCUGGCCACCACCCAGCAGUUGGAAGAGAAGCUCAAAGAAAAAGUGGAUGCAAGCCUAAUGGAGAGAAUCAACCUGACAGGAGAGAUGGACACUUUCAGCAUUGUGAUCUCCAACAGCAUCCAGCUGUUAGUGCAGGACCUGGAUGCAGCCUGUGACCCUGCCCUGACUGCUAUGAGCAAGAUGCAGUGGCAGAACGUGGAGCAUGUUGGUGACCAGAGUCCUUAUGUCACCUCAGUGAUCCUCCACAUUAAACAGAAUGUCCCCAUCAUCCGUGACAACCUGGCCUCCACCAGGAAGUAUUUCACUCAGUUCUGCAUCAAAUUUGCAAACUCCUUCAUUCCCAAGUUCAUUAACCAUCUCUUCAAAUGCAAACCUAUCAGCAUGGUGGGUGCAGAACAGCUGCUGCUGGACACUCACUCUCUGAAGAUGGUUCUCCUGGAUCUGCCCUCCAUUGGCUCCCAGGUGGUGAGGAAGGCUCCUGCCAGCUACACAAAGAUAGUGGUGAAAGGCAUGACUCGGGCUGAAAUGAUCCUGAAGGUGGUGAUGGCUCCACAUGAGCCCCCAGUUGUGUUUGUGGACAAUUACAUCAAGCUCCUGGCUGACUGCAGCACCGACACGUUCCAGAAGAUCCUCGACAUGAAGGGCCUGAAGAGGAGUGAGCAGAGCAGCAUGUUGGACCUUUUCCGCCUGCGCCUGCCCGCGCCUCCCCCCGGCGGGGACGGCGGUGGUUCCCUCUCGCUGAGCGCGCCCACGCCCGAGCAGGAAUCCUCCCGCAUCCGAAAGCUGGAGAAACUCAUCAAAAAGAGACUCUGAGGAGCAGAGGGAAGCCCCAUGGAUCAGGGCUGGCAGCAGUGAGGGGGAGCAGAGCUCAUCAGGAUUGUGAUUUCCAGCGUGUGCUGUCGCUCCCAGUCCCUGUGAUCUCUCAGCCAUCGCAGACCGCGACGCUUUCAGAACAAGGGACAAUCUGACCAAGGUGUUUGCUCUUAGCUUAGCAGGAGUGAGAGCCAGGACAUUGCCAGUGAUGGAGAAAAUAGAGGCACCUGGAAGCCAGAACCUACAGAAACAGUUUAGGUGGCUUGAGACUGGCUGUGAUGCACUUGGUGUCGCAACUUUCACCCUGGCUGCAGCACUGAGGGUUUGCCUCACUUCUGUGUCACUGCUCACUCCCUGCUGCAGAGCUGUUCCUCUGAGUCCUUAUUUAUUGUGGGGUGGGGAGAGCCAACCCCAAACCAUCACCACCACCACAACCCCAACCCUUUAACAGCUGGGAUCUGGCAUCUGCAGCUCCACUGGAUCAAUGAGACGCCCAGGAGGGAAUCCCAAGGCAGAUUUCUCCCCUGCUCCCAGCACCGUGAAACAGCAAGGCAAAUCCUUUUCAGAACAGGAGGAAAGGGCUGAAUUAAUGCCUUCUGCACCUUGGCAAAGCUCCUGCCAACCAGCUGGCAGCCUUGGCUGCUGUUGGGGCUUCAAAGCCGAGCAGGACAUGAGUGGAGCCCUCUCCAGCUGCUUGGUGUUUCCCUGGCGUGUGCUGGGCUCACCCGCUGUCCCCAGUGGGAUCCCAUCCUUCCUGGCCAGCAUCUCUCCCCCUCUCCACAAAGAGUCCUUCAUGGAGCAAGUGUCAGACUGCUCCAGCCCCUCAUUCUCACUCCAGCUGGCGUGUCCCAAGCAGGGAUGUGCCACCCUGGCACCUCUGCUGCCCUGCAAGGAGAGCUGCUGGAAAUGUUGGCUCUGUCAGGGAGCCAGGGCCUCUUGCUGGGACAGGAGGUUUUCAGCAGCCUCAGCCUUCAAGGCCCUGCUCCUCUGAGCUUCAUCUUGCAGCAGUGCAGAGGGGAGGAGAACCAGCAGUGAAAUAUUUUGGAUAACCCAGGCCCCUCUUGCCAUGGAGCAGGAUUGGGAUCAGUGGAUGCUUCCCCAAGGAGUCUCCAUGCAGGGAGACCUUACCUUGUCUAAUCCUGCUGGAUUUCUUCCCAAACUCCUCUGUACCCUUUCUGGGAGACUUUGAAGGCACAUGCCCAACCAUGAGUGAGUCCCACAUGGGUGUAGGGCAGAUCUACCAGUGGUGCCUGCAUUAUUUAAUUCAAACUUCACUUGCAUGUGCAGGAAAGGGAAGUCCUGUACCAGUGUGGCAGCUGAGGAACAACCCUGCUGUGAGAUGCCUUCCUGGGAGGGUUGUGCUCCCCACCAGGGCAAGUUUGGGCCUUAGGACUGUAUUUAUUUAGGGGCUGUACUCACAGGGAUUGUAAAAAUCACUGCUGCACAUCAGGGAUGGGGGGAUCAGGCUCCAGGAACAUGAGCUCCAUCCCCCCAAACCCAGAGAUCUUCCCUGGGAUGGGCAGUGAAGGGCAGCAACAUCACACCUGUGGGGAGGGACAGUUCCUCACCACUCCAGUUUUACAAAUCUGCUGUUGCCUCGUUUGCUUCCUCUCCUGAUUCCCUGUUAGGUGACAAAAGAAGGAAGGAUUGGAAGCACAUUGGGAUUCUGAGCAGCCAUUCCCUGAGGACAGAUUAUCUCAAGGUGCAUGUGCAGGAAGGCUCACGAGGUACCACACUGCAGAGCUGGAGAGGAGGGAACAGGGGUUUGCAGAGAUUCAUUAUUCCCAUGAGGGGAUGAAUAAUUUAUUUUAGAUGAAUUUUUCUUUGCUUUGUCCAAGGCUAAGUCUCUCACUAAAUUAUGAAUAGCUGAAGACGAUGUUGAAGUUAUCAUUGUGUGUCUUACCCAAAGGCUUCCCCCAUUUCAUUCUCUGCAUUUCAUUCUGUAGAUAAGAGGAAAUAAAAGCAGAAAUGAAUUUUUAGUUUCAACCUUUGAAGAAUGCUACAGGGCUGUGUGUUGGGAGUUCUACUUUCAGAGAGCAAAUUCGCAGUUUUCUACUUCUGGUGUAGGAGUUUUGUGCCCCUGGCUCUUGGGUGUUUAUUAGAUUUGGCAGGUCUCUAUUUGUGCAUUAGCUCUUUGGAGUUUACAGCUUUGGGGAAUAAAGGAUGAUUAUGUGUUUUCUGUACAAAAUACCACUUUUUAUGGUUUCAGGCCGGGGUGUAAUUCUGGCUGUACGUGGGGUGUGACACUAAAAUGAAUUAAAUGGUUACUGAUGCUCA